CUGAGACUAAUCACGAUAUUAUGUGCAUUUAUCUAUCUAUCUAAACACAUUAUUGGAUCAUGUUUUUCCUCUUUUUCAUUUAAAGGAUUUGAAGUUCCUGUUCUUUCACUCAGACCAACAUUUGAUGAGAACGGUGCACAAACUUCACUCUCCUCAGGUCCUCUGAUGUUCGCAGCGGUCGGACUGACUGUUAUCUUCAUUAUAUUUGGGGCGGUUCUCUGUAUAUGGAAUAAUCAAAAGAAAAAUUCACACAGUUACAAGGUUGAUGCAGAAAUCCAAGACAACACAUGUACUACAGAGACUGGUGAAUACACGGAGAUCACGGAGACCCAACUACAGUUUAAGGCACCCACAAACCACAGCACUUAUACAACAGUCGUUUACAUACGCAGCCAUUAGCACACAUGCUCCAGGUGGUGGACCAAGAACUGUUGUAAAGUCAGAAGACACGGUCAUCUCUUGAUUUAAGUGACAUGUUUUUUCUUUCUUUUUUUCACUGUUUAAAUAAAUAAAUCUGUUGGCUGUCAGACUGUCGAAUGUCUGAUUAUCUCACUUUAGCAGAUUUUUACUUGCACACUGUUACUGUUCUGCUCCAAGUUGGUCACGUGUAUAGGCCACCUAGUGUCAGUUCAGAGUAAAGCACAUUUCUCAUACAGUCGGUUUCUCCUCAAUUUAUGGAUGCCAUACUACUUUGUGUUUGUAAAAGCAUCAUCUGUAAGUUUAUUAUUCUUUAUAUAAUACUUGAUUCUAUAUAUAUUUGCACAUAUUUGUGAUAAAAUUAUUUCUCUAUACCAGUUAAUAUUUGUAUUUGCUGCUUUUUUUUUUUUUUUUUUUGGUUAUCUGAUAAUCUCAAUAAGUAAAUUGAGUGCAUCCAUAACAUUUGAGCCUCUUUUUUUUUUUUGAUAUAAGUCAGAGCUGCUUGUAUGCGUAUUCUUUAGUUGUUGUGUAAUUAUUCUUAUUAUUGUUUGUUCACUGUUAUUUAUUUUCUUUUUUUCAGUUUUACUCCUAAUUCAUAAUGUACACCUCAAUGCCGUCUUAUUAAAAUGUCAAAGUCUAAGAUGAAUCCUGAUUCUUCUGUACUUUAUGGAUGGAGUUUGGCUGACUGUUAAAUUGCAUUCGCACAUGCGAGAAGAACAGUACAGUUACACUGAGAAAACAUUUCACACUGAUCUAGGAUCAGAUUGUUUAACGUCCAAAGACUCAUUCCAAACAUGAGCAAAAGCCCCAACACUUACCUCCGAUCAGUGUCAAAUGGUUAGCAUGUCUACACAUCAAGUGUUAAAACAAGAGGAAGUCAUCUACGGUGUAUUAGAAGAGGGGUGAUUAGUUUGACACCAUCAUACGCGUUUAACCACUCUGACUUCCUUUGUAUUAAAAUAUCGUUUGAAUUUUAGCAGACAGCAUUUCAGAGAUAAUAAAUAUAGAAUCAGCUGAACUUCUAAGUACUAAACUGACUGGAGACUGAAGAGUAUUGAUGAAGAUGAAGACCUCCCAUGUGCUGUGGAUCGGGAUCUUUCUGUCGGGAUUUAGGGAUUCAGAUGGAAUUGAUAUACCUGGAUAUUUCGGAAAAGAUGCCACCAUCACAUGUUCCCACGGCUGGGCUUCAACCAAUAUAAAGUAUUUCUGCAGAGCUCCAUGUAAAGACGAAGAUAUUUUAGUGAAAUCUGACCAGUCACCUACAGGAAGAUACACACUGAAGGAUUCAGGAGAUGGCACCUUCACUGUGAACAUCACUGAUCUACAGGAGUCAGACUCUGGGAUUUACUGGUGUGGGGUGGAGAGAACUGGUUUAGACACAUAUACAAAAGUCAAACUGACAGUAUCUAAAGAUCCACGCGAAAGCAUCACUACAUCAACAGAACCAUACACAUACAUACAAACAUCCACAGAUUCACACACAGUUACACCAGAAGCUCAUUCACAAUCAACAUCUGUCACAGCACGCAAAACCACCAGCUAUUCAAGCCCUGAUGACAUCACACUCUCACCCUCAAUAGCAGCAUCUGUGAACACUACCAUAUACAUACUAUAUGCUGUCGGUGGUCUGCUCUUAGCAGUAAUCAUGCUUGCAGUUGGACUGAUGACUGUUCAUCAAUACAGGAAAAAAAACAAGACAUCAGAAAGCUUCACGCUGCCCAACCAAAGCAAAGAUAACAAGAAUGAAGGUGUAUAUGAGAAUGAUCUUCCUUGGACAAAAAGCACACAGGUGAAACCUAUCAACAUGUCUAUGACCAGACAAGUGAAAAAGAGCCAAGAAGAUGCAGUCUACGGGAAUUCACAUGAACUUUAUGGAAAUCUCUGACCAUAUUGUUAAGCAAUGAAAUUCAGAGAACCAGUUUAAACCUGAUUGUUAUAAGAUCAAAAUCACAUUGAUUCUGUUUCUUUCCCUUUCGCUUUAUAUAUAUAUACAUUUGUCAUUCCACUUGUAGAC